AUGGGGCCAUUCAGCCUUGCGUUUGCGUGGGACUUCUACUACGGGCUAUUGCUGUGUAGCUUCCCAAGCUGGGCUACAUCGAUCUUACGGAUAUCGUGGUUCGGGCCCGGAAUGACAGGGUGGCGAUGGGAGGUGGGCUACUGGCUGUUCGUUGCAAGGAAUCUAGCCUAUCUUUUGCCCGAAGCCUACGUUAGCGACGUUGAGCUACUCAUCCCAGAAUAUAAACAUGCUUAUCCUAGCUUCGAAUUGUUCAUAAACUCCAUCUCUGGAGCCGUUGUCUACUUCUUCCUCUGGCCGAAAGGAUGUCCGUGGUAUGAUGCUCUGCGCAUGGUAACGAUACUCAACUCCUUCGUCGGGUAUGUGCAUCUCGCAUGCCUGAACUACAAAUCUCUCCAGAAAUCUGGAAAGACAGUGCGGCAAAAUUCAUGGCCGUAUAAGGACAUGUAUACGAAACAACCCAGUGCUGCCGAAUGGAUUCGAUGGCAUGCUACUGGAAGUAUGAGGCCCAGAAAUUGA